AUACAGAAGAUGCCCUCAGGGAAUACGUUGAUAAUAACGCGGCAAAAACCCAACGCUAAGCUGUCUAGAUUGAGUUAAGCGUUUUGGUGACAAAAUCACAGCAUAACUCACACCGCCUAUAAACAAAUUACAUGUUCAAGUCAACCUUGGAGAUUGCAAUAAGAAACGUUCUGUCUUGCGAAUCAAAGUUAUUCGAGUGGUGAAUCAAGGUGUGGUGUGGAAGCAGUUGGAGUUUAUCGAUGAGCUGAACGUGCAAGUGUGAUCAGCGUCCAAAUGUAACGGUUACUACAAUGCAGCUCCAAAAGAACACCAUUUUGAGUUUAUAAGUGAUUCAACUUUUACAAGUAUACUAUGUGAUGAUUUAAGAGAUGACUGCACGGGUCUGUGGGUGUAGAUUUAAUUCAGGAACAUGGGAUUUGAUUACACGUCAAAUAAUCAUAAUAUCCAGUUGUCGCCGCCAAAUCAGGUGAAAGCUCUUACUCAAAGGCAAGUUAGACUUUCAAGACGAUACCCUGAGCUGAUCUCGUAUAUCGCUGCUGGRGCCAGGAAGUCAAUCCUUGAAUGCCAACAUCAGUUCAGAAAUCGAAAGUGGAAUUGUUCUGCACACAACCCUGAAAAUGUAUUUGGUAAAAUACUAAAUCUUGCUUGUCGGGAGACUGCAUUCACCUAUUCUAUUACAUCAGCUGGAGUCUCGCAUUCCAUUGCAAGAGCAUGUAGCGAGGGAAAACUGAAAGCAUGUUCGUGUGAUCGCCGCUUCCGCGGUGUCAGUAAAGAAGGAUGGCAAUGGGGUGGAUGCAGUGAYAAUAUCCACUUUGCUGACAACUUUUCACGCAAGUUUGUUGAUGCUCGUGAAAAAGGCAGAGACUUCAGAGCGCAAGUGAACAUGCAUAAUAACGAGGCUGGAAGGGCGGCUGUGCGUCACAAUAUGAUUCUGGAGUGUAAAUGUCAUGGGCUAUCUGAAGCUUGUACCGUGAAAACCUGCUGGAAAAGACURUCAGAUUUUCGUCAUAUUGGAGAAGUGUUGAAAAAGAAAUUCGACAACGCCUCAAUGGUUGAAUUCCAAAUGAAUAACAACCGUAAUACGAAGCGAAAGUCACCUGCCAUCUUUAUCCCUGUGAAGCCAUGGYUACGAAGACCUACGAUACACGACCUCGUCUACUACGAAGAAUCUCCGAAUUUCUGCCGAAGAAGCCCYGACACCGGUUCGUUAGGAACGAUUGGACGCGAGUGCAACAGUACAUCUAUGGGUACGGAUGGUUGUGAUUUGAUGUGCUGUGGGAGAGGCUAUACAACAAGCGUACAGGAAAGAGUUGAGAACUGUUUCUGCAAGUUUUAUUGGUGUUGUGAGGUGAAAUGCAAGAAAUGUCGAAAUAAGCGUGUCGUMAAUACCUGCAAGUAACAAAUUCACUCACCAAAAAUACUUUUUAGUUUAUAUUUGAUCAAAUCAAAUCGAUAAAGUACAGUUGAAGUUGGUCCUAGACAAUUUGUAUUUAAUAUUAAGACUGAACAAGUAGUUGUUACCAAUAUAACUGGUUUUAUAUUGACUGCUCGGUUUGCAGGACAUAGCCAGAUAGUCAUUGUAUAUAGAUGACCCUUACGUACUGGUCAGUGAAGUGUGGACAAAACCUUCAGGGAAGUUUAUCCAUUUAAAAAUAAUAAAUUAGAAAUAAAGCAAAAUAUUUUAACCACAAAAAAGUUGUCACUCUGAAAGUGUAUUCACCAAUCGAUGCCGGCAAUAAUAUCCCGCAAUAUUUCUCUGGCCCUUGAAACGACCAGGAAUCGCAUAGGCUUUGCACUCU